GUUAAGUUGUGUCACAGUGUGCCUGCGCUACAGAGCCGCUGAAACGUGCCACAGAUCGCCGGUUGUUGGUGUGAAAUCACCCAAAGACGAUGCCCUGGUUCAUGAAGAUGGCUGGCUGUGCAGCUCACACUUGUGGAGUAUUCCUGGAUUACAGCAGAAAGACUUCCUUACUCCUGUGGGAUUAAAGCAGUGUUUGUGGGUGGCCGUCUCCUCUGUGAUCAGCCUGCAGGUCUCUAAAUCACUCUGCUGAGAUGAGUCCUUUCUACAUCGUGAUUGAAGUCGUUAUUGCUGUUCUCUCCAUAUCCGGCAACGUGCUGGUGUGCUGGGCUGUCGCGAUUAACACCACUCUGAAGAACGCCACCAACUACUUUCUGGUGUCUCUGGCUGUGGCUGAUAUUCUGGUCGGUUGCCUCGCCAUCCCUUUUGCCAUCACCAUCAGCAUCGGCAUCUACCUGGACUUCUAUGGAUGCCUCUUUUUGGCUUGUUUCGUCCUGGUACUGACUCAAAGCUCCAUCUUCAGUCUGCUUGCUAUUGCUAUUGACAGAUAUCUGGCUGUGAAAAUCCCUCUGAGGUACAAGGAGUUAAUGACAGGAAAGACAUCCAGAGAGAUCAUCGCCAUGUUAUGGAUUUUAUCCUUCGUCAUUGGCCUCAUCCCCUUCUUUGGAUGGAACUUAAAAGAGUCAUGCUGUGGAAACAGCUCAUUAGAGAACACUACAGAUGUUGGUUUGAUAGAGGGUCUGAGGACAGGAGGGAACUUGCUACACAGCUGCAGUCUCCGGUGUUUUUUUGAGAGUGUGGUGGACAUGCACUACAUGGUCUACUUUAACUUCUUUGUGUGCGUGCUGCUACCGCUGCUCAUCAUGCUGGGCAUCUAUGUGAAGAUCUUUACUGUGGCAAGGAAGCAGCUGAGACAGAUAGAGCUCAAGUGCGUGGGAAACGGGGACAGUCACCACCAUGGGCUGCUGCAGAAGGAGAUCCGAGCUGCCAAAUCUCUCUCCAUCAUCGUUGGACUGUUUGCCAUUUGCUGGCUGCCCGUCCACAUCCUCAACUGCCUCACGCUUUUCUACAAGGAUCUGCACAAGCCAGACAUCGUCAUGCAUGUGGCCAUCAUUCUGUCGCAUGCCAACUCAGCGGUCAACCCCAUCAUUUACGCGUACCGCAUUCAGGACUUCAGGAACACCUUUCGCAAAAUCCUAGCUCGACACUUCCUGUGCCGCAGGGAGGAGCUGUACCUGAGCUCCAAUGGCAGCAGACGAAACAGAGACCAGAUCCACAUGACCAUCGACCCUCUGCUAUAGACAGAGCCGCUCAGACCAGGAGUAUUAUCUGUUGUUUUACCGUCAGAGGUUUCAAAUGUUUACAGAGCAGGGGUGUGAUAUGUGAAGAACCGCCUUGAAUGUGGACAUUUAUUUAUAAGUGGUGCCGACUAUCAGAGGUCAAACAUUGAGACGCUGAACAGCCAGUCUUAAAUAACUUUUGUAUCGUGAAGGAUUUUUGAUCUAGCUAACUGGAUUUGUGGGACUGGACAGGAUCCAAGCUUUGUUACAUUCUGAGAUGUUAUUUAUCAUUCUGGACGCACCAUUACAACUCCAAACACUCCCUUUAUUACCCUGAUAUUUUAUACCGUCAUCAUUCAGUGCCAGUGUUGAUUAAUUAAUUUAUUAUAAGACCUUAUCUGUGAGAAUGUAAAGAUCAAAUACUGUGUGGAUAGAUCUGUAGUUGUGGACUUAAAGAGGUUCAGUAGUUGUAGUGUGUAUUUGUGGCUUUUCAUCCUUUAAAAUGGAUUAACGACCACCACGGGCUUAGAGAACAGAUUCCUGUCCAGUCAAUCCAACAUGUCUCUGUCGAUAUCAGAGCUUCUGCAGGUGUUUUCAUUUGUGAAUGUGUGUACAGGCAUGGGACCAUCAUCUACACUGGAAUGGAAAAUUUCUCUCAAACAUAUCAGAAAAUGUAAGCAGUUGAUUCAGGGGUAAAGGGGAAAUCUAAGUAUAAACCACAAAAAGUUUAAUUUCCCCCCCUGAAUCAUCUCUCACAGGCAAUAGGGUCACACAUUAUCAUGUGACUCAUUGUGAGACACAGUAGGAAGCUUUUAGUGGCUUCUUCAUGAACAGGAACAACUGACGCAGUCACACAAACCCAUCAGAGGCAUUUUAGCAUGGCACAUCUGUGGUGGUGAUACAGCAUUUUAGAGAAACAGGAGCUCAUAACUGCAAAAAUACAAAUUUAACAGGCAGAUUUACAUCACUUGGCUAACACUCAUGUUAACACGCUGUAAUUCUAGAAAAGGUGAAUUAUGUUUCCUUACUGUAGUAUCUAUUAUUUCAGCUUCAUGUAUGAACAUCAGAACAUAUAUAUUUGAUGACCAGCAGAAUAAAAAAAGGCCAGACAGUAAGCUCAGACAUCCCACAAGUCUCAACACCCAACAACCAAAUUCCUGGACUUCCUUAUAUUGUGAAUAAAACAUUUUUCAUGUGUGUUUUCACAGCGAUGCGGUUCCAGGGACGGGGUCAGCUGUAAUUCAAACAAGUCAUGGAGGAUCAGCUGUGCUCUGUUUCUUUACUAGCUGUAUACAAAUGAUUUUUAAUUUUCAAGAGCUCAAGCAGGGCACUCUCCACUUCGAUUGGACCACUUCAUGGCAGCUGCUGCUAUCUAAUACAGCCUGAUAAUCUUUUAGAGACAUUUUUCACCUUGAUGAGAACUCCUGUGACUUUUUAGUCAUACCCCAGUAAAAAACAAUUUUGGCUCCAAUGUAUGCUAUUUAAAACAAAACAAAAAAACAAGCAUUUUAUUUUUCCUACAGAAAGCCUCUGUUUUUGGCACUAUUUUCUGAUGCAACUUUUGGCUACUUGUCCUUCCGCCUCAGCAACCCAAAGAAUCUGAAUCAAGUUUUAUUGCCAAGUGCAUUUUCACAUACAAGGAGUUUGACUUGGUAAUGGUGUAAAAUAGAUAGUAUAGAAGAAUCAAAAAUAAGAGGAUAAUAGAAAUAUUAAAGGGACAUUAUGAAUUUUUUGAAGUUGGGUUGUAAGAGGUACCUGGUGAUAGUAGUGCCGUUAGCCUUCAGAUAUUUCAAAGUGUGUUUCCCCUUUCACUUUGAGAAGCUAGGCUUCUUAGUGCUAAAAACAAUGCUGUCUCAGUUGUACGCUAUAUCUGGCAUUUAUGUAGCAUUUUAAUUUUCAACUAAAAAAAUGCUGUUUGGCACUAUUUAAUACGAGCUUCGGCUACUAUGCUCUGGCUUGAGCCAGCAUAGUUUUUUGGCCCAUUUCUACCUUAAACUUGCUAAAUCAGGUGGAGAAAUUAUACCUGAAACAGCACUAUUUAGUCUAGCUUCUCAAAGUGAAAGGGGAAAUGCACACAUACAAAUCUCUAGAGGCUAAUGCCACUACUAUUGCCAAGUACCUCAUACAACCCAACAUUAAAAAAAAAUCAGAAAUAUCCCUUUAAGUGCUUAGAGGCUAUGUGGCAGCUAGAUUAUUUUAGAAAAAUAAGGUAGCAAAACAAAAUAUCAAAUACAAUAUAAACAUCACAAAAGUAUGAACAAAGGUGCAAUAAAAAGAGAAACUGUACAGUUGUGCUGGUUUACUAGUGAACAGGUUAUAGUAAAAUUGUCUAAAGGAGUAUAACAGUGUGGAGUUUGAACAGAAGAGUUUAAGUCCAGAGUGUGUUAAUAUAAAACAGACAGUACAAACAUAAACAAAACUAGUUAUUUCAGCUCAGUUUUCAAUUUAACAGCUGACACAUUGUUUUCAUAAAAGUAAAAAUGUGCCAAAUGUAGCUUGUCUAAUUAAGCCACAAAUAUAAACUAAGGUUGUUCACACACUAGACGAUUCUUUUCCCAAAAGGAUUUUAAAACCAUGAGACCACAGACUUCAGGAAAAUUUCCAAAGAUUCUUCAUCUUUAAUCCUCUGAACGCACACAUUAGACGACUGUGCCAGACUGUCAGAUCACUGGAGACCACACACCUUCCAAACUGCCUACGACCACGCGUGAUCAUGUGACUUCAGAAAAAAGUCUGUGAUACCGUCUUGCUGUUUCUCCACAACAAGCUGUCCUGGCGUGUCACAGGUGCAGCAACAAUCAUAAAACGGGGAAGACUCAGGACAAAAUCCUGGCUGGAAUUAAGGUACCGUUGUGUUUAUGGUUGUAAGCGGUGAAAGUACAUAUGAUUCGUCUGGUGACACUACCCGUUGUGCUCGCUCUCAUUGGUUGUUGUGGGUACUUUGUCAGCGGCACUACGACCUAGAAUCGUAAAUAUCAAACAUGUUUAACAUUUACCAUUCCGGGUUUGGGAGGCUACACCGCGAUUUGGAGCAGUAAAACAAUCGUGUUGCCACCACACACAUGUAGACUACUCAGACAAAUAAUCGUUUGUGAUGAGGCUUCAGUCAGUAUAACCCCCCACGUUCGUUGGGGAAGUCAAAUCUUGGCUAAAAUCAGGCUUAAAAUCCUGUAGUGUGUGGCCGGCCUUACUUGGAUGACAAAUUUCCAAUCAUCUCUUCUGGUUAGGGUCUGUUUCUCCAGUUUAUCUUUGGAAAGUUGAAGAUGCUCUGUCAAACUGGCAUACAGUAAAGCAGGGAACUCUAGAUGGGCAGUGAUGCAGGCUGCAGGUGUCUGUGAGCCGCUAUCCUCUGAUCAGGAAUGUCCAGAAGAAGUUUUGUAAGUUCCACUCAUGUCAACAGUAGUUCCCUGGAUUCCUAGCUCACAGUUUACACACCGACACCACCAGGUAACUUGGGAUCUCUCUUGAUAACCAGCAUACCCACGCUCAUUCUUCCUACUGUGUCUGAAGAUGUUGUUACUCUGGGUACUCAGGGUCAUAGAAGUGUUCCCUUCUACCCGCAGUAAACAGCAGGUCAUUGUCUCUUGAGUCAAAAUUGCUCAUUUUUAAUUUUUAAGUUUAGAUUGUUGUUAACCAAACAGCUGAUCAGGAGAUGCCAUGCCAAUACCCUAAGAUGGAAGAACACAUAUCUGAAAGUUGCAUUAAAUAGUUGUGCCAAACUCAGAGGCUUUCAGAGGAAAAACAAAAAGCUUCAACAACUUUUUACAACUCAUGUUUACACCAGCAUUGGUUUUUGGUCAAUUGUUACCUAAAAUUUGCUAAAUUAUGUGCAACUUUACUAAUCUGUUGUAUUAUUUAGGCCUAGCUCCCUUGCCAGUAACCCCCAGUUUGCUCUCCUUAAAGGGGCAAGGCACACUGAAUUCUCUGGAGGCUAAUGCCACUAGUAUUCCCAAACACCUUAUACAUCCCAACUUCAAAAAUACUAAAAUAUCCCUUUAGGAUUCUACUUUUUCUAAGGGUUCUUUUCCAAAAAGACAUGUGCUCAGUGAUUAAAUCAAGUCAGUGAAAAAACUGAAUAGAGCCAUUUUAUUUGAUAUCAUUCCCCCUGAUAAACUUCAGGCAGACUUAUGAGCUUCUGUUUAUCUGAGUCUUUCAACAGCUUCAACAAAACAGUCAAAAACAAAGACUUUAAAAGCCAAGAAAGAACCUGUAGUAGCUUUUGGAAAAAUCUGAGUGUUCAGGUAAAACACAUGACUAAUGUAGGCAGACAGAAAUGCUUGAUUAGGAGGGGGACAAAGUCAACUCCCUAUUUGGACUCUAAAUCUGGUUAACAAGAUAAAAAAUGUAAGUAAGGUGCAACCCUAAAAUAUUCAGUGAGAAGUUUUACUUCCUUGCAGUCAGACAAAGCUGUUAAAGCUUCAGCUCUGCUUUCCCAUAAGUCAAACCUAGAAGCACAUGAGGCUUUGUGUCUUUCCUGCAGGUGUGUGCUGGUUAGCAUUGCUGUGCAUGCUUGUGGAACCCUUAAAGUUAAAGACAGAGCCAAGGACUAAUGAUCUUUGAAUUUAAUCAGAGCUAAGAGAUUUUUUUGGAGGGUUCCUGAUUUAUGUGAAAACACAGGUUGAAUCUGGUCACCCGUGAGCCAUCACUAUACAGAUAACACAUUGCACUGAUAUUUUCGAUAAGUUCCUGUUCAGUGUGCCUCUGUGGUGGCGUUAAACCAUGUUGUGUUUGUGAUUAACAAAAGUGUUCCACUGCUUCACCAUCUCCUCUCAUGUCUGUUGUGUUCUGUAUAACAUCAAGGGCUAACACAGGAGUGUGCCAAAGCUGUAGUACAUUCCAUUGGAGACAACUAUACUGUAACUGCACUGUAACGUCGUGUUGUUGUGUUUGUAAGAAAUUUGUACUGUAGCUGUCCAGCUUUCUACAAGCUGUGGAUUGAUGUCAAACUAUUGCCUUCUUUUUUUUCGCAAUUUUAAAGGUAAGACAUUAACAUGUUGCUCUGGUUCGACAUUCCUGCCUUUCAUUCCUGAGUAUUGAUCCAUUGCUGUGUUAUCGUGUUGAUACCAAUCAGGACAAGCAUCCACUGUCCUCACGCAGAUGUUCAACCUUUCAAGAGGCUCUUCUUUCU